AUGACUCAGGUGCUGAAAAUCGCCGCCUGCCUGUGGUCCGCUGCUGCAGAGAACCAUGAGCCGUGGCUGGGACGGUCCCACUUAAUGCGACGGGAUGCAGGAUCGGGGCUGUUGGAAGACAGUCGUGACCUCAACACCGUCCCGGACCCGCCGGACCUCUCCCUGCACUUCGCACACGACGAACUGGUCACGUGCGACAUGGAAGAGGCGGACGCCUUUUGGCAAACGCAUCCAUUUCGUCGGAAUGCCGACAAGAUGCAUACGCAACUGGCGGCGAUGCGCGGCCUUCGAGAGAUCAAGCGCAUCUUCGCGACGCAGUCCUUGCCGUUGAUCGUGGUGGGCGACUUGCUACUUGGCUGGAGGCGCGGCUGCCUGGCCUCCGCGGGCGCCACGCUGAGCGUGGCGACCUUUGGGCCCUGGCUGCACGAGUUGGGCCUCAACGCCUUGGAGAAGGCCUUCAGGAAGCAGGGCCUGGAACUUGAUACCUCCAGAUGCCCACAUGGUCCGCUGAUGGCCGGCUGCAGGCUCCGUGGUCGCUUGCCCCGGAUUGACGAUGGGCUGACGCUGGAGUUGGGUGUGUUGCUGUCACCGCCCCCCGCCAUGGUCGGUCGCCGUCCCGGCUUCUUCCCCCGUUGUGCGGCCGGCUGCGGCCGCACCUGCGAACGCUGCCGGUUGGCUUGGCCACAGCCCAGCAAGGCGAACCCUGGUCGCUUCUACGCUUGUCCAUUACCCUUGGCAGAUUUCAAGCUGGCGACCUGGAUGAACGAGACCUUUUGGGUCCCAGCCAAUUUGGAGACCUACUUGGCGGUGGACUAUGGCGAGCAGUGGCCGGAGCCGGCGAAGAGCUUGUUGUCCAAGCCGUCGUGCUUGCCCUCUCAGUCCUCGAGUCUCAGCUUCUCGGCCUAUCGAAGCUUCAUCUCCUCCCUGCCGCGGCGGACAGAGGUCAUGCGACUCCAAAAAGCUGUGGAGAAACGCCACGGGGAGCGCAUGUUUCGGGCGGCGGAAGCGGAACACGAGUUGUGGCACGAAGUCUUCCGCGACAGGAGUGCCACUUGGCUCUUGGCACCCUUUUCGCGCUCAACGUCCCGGAGCGCGGCUCAGGUGGCGGCGGCCCCAGUGCCGCCCAACGUCUUCCUGCGGGUCUUCGGAGUGCUUUUAACGCUGAUCGUUCUGAAGAUCUUCGCCGGCGCACUUUUCCAUCGCGGUGCCAAGAUGGUGCCACUCUGCGGCUGGAUGGCGGCAGUGGGAAGAGUGGAGGUCGUUCUCUUGGUCUCCUACACCUUGACGUUUUGCGGCCGGAUUUUGCUUCAAAAACACGCCUCGCUGCGACUGCAUUAUGCGGCUAGCAAUGCUCUUGCAGCAUCAGCAGUUCAAGCAGUUGUGGCAGGCCUAUUGGCUUCCCGCAGACUUGCUGGACCUGGCACCUUGCAGCAGCUGAUGGCAUGUCCGUGUCAGGCUCAAAUCUUUGAGCAGUGGCCUGUGUGGUGGUGGAUGCUUUUGGCAGGAGCCUUCCAAUCUCUGAGCCUUUGGCUGAGCUUUUUGAGCCUGGCUACGCUGGAUCCUGUCUCCUACACCUUACUUUGGAACACCCAGGUGGGGACAGCUGCGGUGGCGGAGGUGGUGAUGGCCGUGGCGCAACCAGCUGCUCCGAUUGACGUUCUUCAAGCCUGUCAGUCUUUUCAAGGCCUCCUGGUGCUGCUGGUGAUUCUUUGGAUGUGGGGUGAUCCUUUCCCGGCCGUGCCCUACUGGAAGAGUUUCAUCGAUUCCGAGUCUAUGCCUGCCUGCGUAACUUGCCUUUGCUUGCUGCAGCUGGGUAAACCCUAUCUGCAGAGAAAGGUGCCGUCUUGGUUCGCCUUGGCACCCGGCCUUUCCAUGCUGGCAAUGCUGGCCCUGGUCCAGGGGCCAGCAGCAAGUCCCUGGUACUUGAUCCAGGUGGGCUUGAGUCUAACCGCAGCGACGCUCCAUGCAGUGGACAUGGCGCAGAAACAGAAGCCUCAGCCACGGCUACAGGCCGCGAAAGAGAACGGAAGCUGCACUCUGCGAAGGCCGCCAACUCCUACACCUCCCGUUGCGCCAGUGAAGAGGCCACCCCUGCCACCAGCUCCACGGAAGCUGAGUUCCUCCAACUCAGAGGUUGGAAGCACCACCGCAAGCAACAGCCACAGUGAGCAUGGUGAAUCGGACUGCGACAUGCCGCGUGCAAAUGCCAUUUGA